GUGCGGGCUUUGUAAAUUUCGGUUCAUUUGAUGAAACCGAGUCUGUCUUCUCUCUCUCUCUCCCUUGUAGGUAGUCGUGUAGGAGGAACGACAUAUUUGUUAUAAAUGUACGGCUGUGGUGCCGUCUGGUUGUUUGCUCGAGGUUUCGUGUGCGUGCGAAACAUUGAACUUAACUAGGGCGGUGGAGGAGUUGUAUGAGAGACGAGGCAAGGGUUUGAAAUUUUGAACGAUUGGUAUUUGGCAUUGUCGGCAAUUACGAGGAUAGGAUUGAGAAUUGGCUCUGGUUUUUGGCGCUUUCGCGGCGGCUGUGUAAUGUGGUUUUGCUCGGCACAGACAAGUUGCUCUCAUCUCCGAAGGUCAAAUUGUCAAUUGAAGAGCUAGGAAAAGCUAUUAAGCGGCGAAGAAAGCGAGGCAUUUGCAUUGUCCAAGUUCCAUUGAAAGUGAGAAGCUGGCGAUCGAGGAUCAAUCUCCAGCCAACAUUUACAGGACAAAAAAAAAUAAAGUCAUGGUAGGGACAAUGCUACCAUUGCAAGACGACGAAAUAGGGCCGCCCUGGCUGGAACCUCUGCUGAAAACAAUUUUCUUUAUUCCCUGCGAAAUCCAUGCCGAUUCCAGCAAAAGCGAGUGCAAUAUUUACUGCCUGGAUUGUAUGGGAGACGCAUUAUGCUCGUACUGCCGCGGCCGUCAUAAGGAUCACAAGAUUGUGCAGAUAAGGCGGUCCUCAUACCACGAUGUAAUACGGGUUUCAGAGAUUCAGAAAGAGCUCGACAUCACAGGCGUACAGACCUAUAUUAUAAACAGUGCUCGAGUUGUUUUCCUUAACGAAAGACCUCAACCAAGACCUGGCAAAGGCGUCACCAAUACAUGUGAAAUUUGUGAAAGAAGCCUCGUCGAUUCAUUCCGCUUUUGCUCGCUUGGCUGCAAGCUGCAAGGAAUAAAGCAUCUCAGAGACAUGACAUUCAUCUUACAUUCGAAGCACUCCAGGGACGAAUCCGAUGACUCAUCUUCUCAGAAAAGAGCACGGAGAAGCUUGGAACAUUUACAUUUGUCCGAAGACAACGGCGGCACGGAAAGCACGUCAGUCGACGGCACUUCUUCCGUUAAACGCGAAGACUAUACAAGCGAUCCCGAGGCGGCAAAAUCCCGUUACAGUAUGCAUGACAUUUAUCCUCCUACUCCACCGAUAUCUAGCCAGAAACUCGCUGGGAGGAGGAGAAAGGGGAUUCCACACAGAGCACCGUUAGGAGAUUAAUAGUAUCUUUUUGUGCAAGGCUGUUUCAAAUUAGAAGGGCAAAAGCAAAAAAUCUCUUUUCUAGACUGUACAUAAAUGCAGUGGGAAUUUCAUAGGCUUGCUAUAACAGGAAAGCAUCUAGUGCAUCUAAUGCAUUUACAAGGAAGGUAAUAGUAAUAAUAUGCCUUGCUUAAUGAUAUACCUAAUAUACAGCUAUCCUGUAACCUAAUAUGUAUUCAAUCCUGUAUCUAAGCUGCCAAAUAUAAAUGAAACUAGGAUCCUAUUUUUAUAGGAUUGUAUUGUUC